CGGGCGGGCCGGUCGAGCCCCCGCCGAGCGCCCCCGGCUGGCCCCGCAGGUGCGGCGCGGAGCCAUGGUGAUCAUGUCCGAGUUCGGCGAGGCCCCCGCGGGCGCCGGCCACGGCCUGCCCAAGCCGCUCCGCGUGGGCUUCUACGACGUGGAGCGGACCUUGGGCAAAGGCAAUUUUGCCGUGGUGAAGCUGGCGCGGCACCGGGUCACCAAGACGCAGGUGGCAAUAAAAAUAAUUGAUAAGACACGACUGGAUUCAGGGAAUUUGGAGAAAAUCUACCGGGAGGUCCAGCUCAUGAAGCUCCUGAAUCACCACAUUAUCAAGCUCUACCAGGUUAUGGAGACAAAGGAUAUGCUUUAUAUUGUCACCGAGUUUGCAAAGAACGGGGAGAUGUUUGAUUAUCUCACUUCCAACGGACACCUGAGUGAGAACGAGGCACGGAAGAAGUUCUGGCAGAUUCUGUCUGCCGUGGAGUACUGCCACGACCACCACAUUGUGCACCGGGACCUCAAGACCGAGAAUCUGCUGCUGGACGGCAACAUGGACAUCAAGCUUGCAGAUUUUGGGUUUGGGAAUUUCUACAACCCAGGAGAACCCCUGUCCACGUGGUGUGAGCCCCCAUACGCAGCCCCCGAAGUCUUCGAGGGAAAGGAGUAUGAAGGCCCCCAGCUGGACAUCUGGAGCCUUGGGGUGGUGCUGUACGUGCUGGUGUGCGGCUCUCUUCCCUUCGACGGGCCCAACCUGCCAACGCUGAGACAGCGGGUGCUGGAGGGCCGCUUCCGAAUCCCCUUCUUCAUGUCUCAAGACUGCGAGACGCUGAUCCGCCGCAUGCUGGUGGUGGACCCCGCCAAGCGCAUCACCAUCGCCCAGAUCCGCCAGCACCGCUGGAUGCAGGCCGGGCCCCGCCCCGCCCUCCCCGCGCAGGCCUACGCCUCCAACCUGGGCGACUACAACGAGCAGGCGCUGGGCAUCAUGCAGGCGCUGGGCAUCGACCGGCAGAGGACGGUGGAGUCCCUGCAGAACAGCAGCUACAACCACUUCGCCGCCAUCUACUACCUCCUGCUUGAGCGGCUCCGCGAGCACCGGAGCGCCCCGCCCGCCCGGCAGCCCCGGCCAAGGAGCUCCGACCUCAGCGCGCUGGAGGCUCCUCAGGACGGCUUCCCCUGCGACCCUUUCCGGCCGUCCCCGCUGUGCCCGCCGCGCCCGGCCCUGGCGCAGUCCGUGCUGCAGGCAGAGCUGGACUGCGAGCUGCACAGCGCACUGCAGCCCCUGCUCUUCUCCACGGACGCCCCCGGCGCCGGCGCGCCCCGCCCCGCCCCGCCUCCCCCCGGUCGCCUGCUGGACACGGCCAUCGGCGAGGAGGCGCGGGAGGCCCCGCCGGGCAGCACGGGCCGAAGACACACGCUGGCCGAGGUCUCCACGCGCUUCUCCCCGCUCACCCCGCCCUGCAUCGUGGUCUCCUGCUCGGCCUCUGCGAGCCCCACGGAAGGAACGAGCUCCGACAGCUGCCUCACCUUCUCCUCGAGCGAGGGCCCCGCGGGGCUCGGGGGUGGCCUGGCCGCGCAGGGGCUGCUGGGCACCUGCGCUCCCGUCGGGCUCACCUCCCCGUUCCUGGAGGCGCAGUCCGCCACCCCCGUGCUGCAGGCCCCGGCGGGCCUGGGCGGGGCCGUCCUGCUCCCCGUCAGCUUCCAGGAGGGGCGGAGGGCGUCCGACACCUCGCUGACUCAAGGGCUGAAGGCCUUCCGGCAGCAGCUGAGGAAGAACGCCAGGACCAAGGGGCUCCUGGGCUUGAACAAGAUCAAGGGGCUGGCGCGGCAGGUGUGCCAGCCCUCCAGCCGGGCGCCGCGGGGCGGCCUGGGCGCGCUGCACGCGCCUGCCCCGAGCCCGGGGCUGCCGGGCGGCCCGGCGGGCGGCCGCGAAGGCCGGAGCCUGCUGGAGGAGGUGCUGCACCAGCAGAGGCUGCUCCAGCUCCAGCACCACCCGGCCGCCGGCCCCGCCGCCGCCCGCCCGCCCCCCUACGCGCUCGGCCCCUGCGACGGGCUCCUGCCCGGGCUCCCGCUGCUGCCCGCGCCCCUCCUGCAGGCCGGCGGCGGCUCCCCCGUGGCGUCGGCCGCGCGGCUCCUGGACGCCCACCUGCGCAUCAGCGCGGAGCCGCCGCCCCGCCCCGCCCGGCGGGCCCCGCCCUGCCUCGCCCGGCUGGCCCCGCCCGGCGACUGCGAGAUGGAGGACCUGACGCCCAGCCCGCGGGGCACCUUCGUCCUGGUGCAGUGAGGGCGGCCUCUCCCGGGACGCCUCCAAGCAAUAAUUUCAGAGAUGUGAAGACCGAACUUUCUAGAAGCGAAACAAGCAAUACGUUAGGUGUACGGGCCUUUUAGUUUAUUUUGGCUUUACUUUUUCUUGCACUGAGUGGCUGCGACUACGGAAGCUUCUGGAAGAAAAAUGAUAUGGGGGGGUGCCGUGUGGGUGGGGGAUGGGAGGCGGGCAGGGCGAGGGAAGGUGGCUGCCACCCCCAGACAGCAGAGCAGAGGGCCCUGCGCGCGCCUGGGCCACCGGCCCCCCACCGCCAGCCUCAUUGGAACCCCGCGCUGUCUGCGGGCGGGUGGGUUGAUCGGUGUACCCUUGGGUUUUCAAGUUGCGAGUUCUCCACUUCCUGGAGCAUCCGGGCUUCAAUGAAAGCUGGACUUGCUGCCGGAGCGGCUCCCAGGCCCGGCUCCCAGGCCCCCGGCUCCCAGGCCCCCGGCUCCC